AUGUCGUGGCAACCUCCUGUUAUUGGUGCUCGACCAGUCGCUGUCCUAGGCGGUGGCGUUUUGGGUCGGCGUAUUGCCUGCUCUUUCGCGGCUGGGGGCUACAAUGUAACCGUUCGGGAUCCAUCUCUAGACGCACGCAGAGAAGCCAUCUCCUACAUACAGUCACAGAAGGAGGAAUUCGCCGCCUUUGCCCGGCCAUCGAUACCUGGGUCGUUCGGGACCUAUGCUGCAUACGAAGACAUCAAGUCGGCUGUCAAAGAUGCGUGGCUAGUCAUCGAAGCUGUGCCGGAGAAACUCGAGCUCAAGAUAGACACUUUUGAGAUAUUGGACAAGGCCGCACCGAAAGACUGCAUACUAGGGUCUAACAGCUCCUCCUACCGGAGCAGCUUAAUGUUGGACAAAGUGAGCGCUGAGCGGAAGAAACUAAUCUGCAACAUUCAUUACACCAUGCCUAUGACUAUUCGCACGGUAGAACUUAUGACGGAUGGAGAAACGGAAGAGGCAAUAUUCCCCUUCCUGACUGCCGUGUUAGAGAGGUGCGGGAUGCUGCCAGCUACAGCGAAGAAAGAAUCAACAGGAUUCAUAUUCAACCGCCUAUGGGCCGCAGUAAAGCGCGAGACUUUAACGAUUCUUGCCGAGGGAGUCAGCGACCCAGAGCAGAUUGACGAGCUCUGGAAACAUAUGUUCCAAGCUGAAGUCGCUCCAUGUGGAAUGAUGGAUCAGGUCGGGCUCGACACUGUGGCAUUUAUUGAAGACAACUAUAUCCGAGAGCGGAAACUUGACGGGAAGUUGACUGUUGACUGGCUUCGCGAUAAUUAUGUUUCGCAAGGAAAGCUUGGCAAAAAAAGUGCCAACGGAGGCCUUCUCACUCGCGCGGCCUGA